AUGCGUCAACCGCCCCCUCCGUUCGCGGCGGGUCCGCUGAUGGAUAAGGAGAACGUGGGGCGUCGCGCCUCGUCGCAAUCCGCCACCGCGUCGUCGUCGUCGAUACGGGAGUUGGCGACGAAGCUCGCGGUGGCGACGAAAGAUGGGAGCAGGCCGAAGAUGGGCCGCGACACCGCUCCCGUGUUGCUGCGGCUGGGCAAGGGAACGGAGGACGCGCCGCUGCUGCGAUUCACAGAGACGCGCGUGGGUGGAAGCAAGACGCUGCCGCUGCGUCUGCGCAACGACACGCCGGUGACGCAGACGGUGACGUUCGAGCGCAUCCCGCGCGAGGAGGGGUUCCUCGUGGACCCAUGCCGCGCGACGCUGCCGCCGGGCGCGGAGGAGCUCGUGCGAGUAUCCUGGCUCCCAUCACGCGCGAGCGCCGGUCCUUACUGCGGCGUCAUGCACGCGGUGCUCAACGACGGCGUCGGGGGAAGCGCGGCGGCGCUCAAGGUCCGCCUCCGAGCGCCCCCGGUCCCGCAGAUCUCGGGCGCCACGGGAAACGACGACGACGUCCACCGCAGGCGCGCGUCCACCGCGAGCAGCGUCGGCUCGCACGUCCCCGCACGUCGCGCCUCCGUCACCGCGUACGGCGCGCGCCGCGCCUCCGCGCUGCAGCCGCUCAGCGGCAACCACCCGCGUCGCCGUUUCCGUGCAUCCCUGGACGAAUCCGCGCCCGACUUGGCAUCGCCGGGAUUCAAGCGAUCCCGCGCCGACUGCGACAGGCUCCUUCCUUCCGCCGGGGGGUCCUUCGACCGCGUACCUUCGACCGCGGCGGGUGCGUGCGGCGGCAUCGUCCCGAGCGUCCUGUCGUUCACCGCGAGCGAGCAGAGCGCGCAGAGGCGCCGCAAGCUUCCGAAGAUCGCCGCCGUCGGCAAGACGCUGCGACUGCGGGGAAACUCGGGCGGCGGCCCGCUCGGGCUCGGGGCUUUGGACGACGGGCACCGACCGGACUUUGCGUCGUUUCACACCGAGUUCUGGGUGCGCCAGCAGGAGGUGGCGUUCACGCACUGGCUCAACGCGACGAUCGUGCCGCACACGCACUCGGCAUCAGAGGCGUGCGCGGACCGCAGAGCCCGUCGACUUGCGUCGGAGGCGGCGAGGACGCGACUGUGGUCGCUCUACUCGGUAGACGCGGAGGUUCGGAGCGUGAUCUUAAGGGUCGAGUCCCACAUCGACGACGGGUUCUUACGGCUCAGGGGCACGGAGGACGACGGCGGGUUCAAGUCCGGCGGAUCCUUCCUCGAGGACGUGAAGCUCAGGGACGAGUUCGAGCGCGCGCUCGGGAGCUACUCGCUGUUUUGGCUCAGAGCCGCGGUGGACACUUUGCUGGGCAACCCGGGCGACGUCGUCGAGGACGAGUUGAGUUCCGAGUCGAGGGGCGACGGUAAUAACGGGGGAUGGGGUGACGGACGUAACGGUUUCGGAAACGGAAAGGCGGAGAGGAACCGGUACGCGACGGAGCGCGCGGAACGGACGGCGCUGGUAGCCGCGCUCGUCAGGGACCGGGCACUCGAGCUCGAAUUCGGAGUCGGGUCCACCGGCGCGCCUCCCUUUGCCGACGGGUACCAGGAGGCUCUCGCCGGCACCGUGCUGAAGCGCACGCUGCUCCUGGUGUUCCUGAUGGACCGCGCGCGUUCUGGCCUGCCCCCGAACACUCCCCUACUCUUCCGCGGGGACGCCCCGUGCAAGAGCAGCGCCGCCGUCGCGGAGCUCGCGUUGCGCGCGUCCACGUACGGCACCGGCGACGUGCUGAGGCACAUCGGCCACAUGGGCUACAGGCUGUACCACGCGCAGGAACCCAUCCGCGAGUACGACUUUACCGUUCGCAACCUCGCGGUGGACCUGAGGGACGGCGUGAGGCUGUGUCGGUUGGUGGAGGUUCUCGCCGGAGCCGUGGGGGACGACGGCUGCGUGCGGGAUGCCAAGUUCCCCGCCGAUUCGAGGGCGGCGAGGACGCACAACGUGCGACUGGCGCUGGACGCCGCGGUCGCAGCCGGCAUCGAGCUGCCCGGCAAGUGGAAGGACGUGUCCCCGGCGGACGUCGUCGACGGCCACCUGGCCAACACCCUCGGUUUGCUCUACGCGCUCAUGAUGCACUUCCAGGCGCCGAGGAUGUUACCGAUACGCGAGAUGGACGACGAGAUUGCGCGGUGGCGAUCGCGGCGCGCGAACCAAAUCCUCGCCGGUCGAGGCGCAUUCGCGUUCCACGGCGCCACCCUCGCGCCCGCGAAGAGGGAGGAGGAUUCCAAUCGACACGGCGCAGCAUAUUCCAACCGUCCCGAGCGCACCCCCGAGGAGAUUGACGAGGACGAAGCGGCUCGGUCCGCGGCUCUGUUCGCCGACGAGCUCGCCGACGCGGCGCUGGCCACGUCGGGCUCCGACACGUACUCCGAGUGCGAGGUUCGUUUGCUUCGCUGGGCACGCGGCGUGUGCGCGUGCGUCGGCGUGGACGUCACCGACUUUAAGUCGUCCUUCGCCGACGGAACCGCGCUCUGCGCGUUGGUACACGCGUACGCCCCGAGGCUGGCGCCGCUGCGAGCCAUCUCGCGCCCGCCGAAGACGCUGAAUGUUCCGGGGGCGCCGCCGUCGUGGCGAUCCGUCAGCUACGGGUACCUGCUCAAGGAGCGGCGGAGGAUGGAGGAUGGAGACGACGACGCGGAUGGAGACGUGUCGAGCGAGGCGCUCGAGGCCAGGGCGAGGGCGACGGCUGCGUGCAAGGCUAACUUUAAGUUGGCGAGCGAGGUUUGCCGAGCGUUGGGGGGCGUGCCCGAGCUCACCUUUGGCCCGGCGGACGUCGCGUCGAGCGGCGGUCCCGACGCCAAGGUAGUCGCCGGGUACCUCCUGUUCCUCUGCGCCAGGCUUCUGUGCCACAGACGCGAGGACGCCGCCGCGACGAGGAUCCAGCGAUGGUGGAGGUUCAAACACUGGCGACCCGGACGCCUUCGCCGGUGGUGCCGCGCGGCUACGACGGUGAGCAAAAACAAGCGAGCCCUCGACGCCCGGCGCGCCGCGUUCGCGCGGAUGUGCGCCAUCGUUCGCGUGCAAUCCGCGUGGCGCGGGCUCUUGGCGCGAAGGAUCAAGGCGAAGGCUGUCGCCGCCGCGUGCACGAUUCAGCGCCACGCGAGGGGUAAGAUGGCUCGUGACGCGUACGCCGACGUACAAUUCGCGACUCUAAUCGCGCAGACGCACGCGAGGCGCGCGAUCGCGAGGCGCGCCUACCUCACCUUACGCCACCACACGAUCCGGUGCCAGGCGAUCCACCGCGGCGCCCUCGCCCGGGACGCGUACAUGGAGAUGCUGUGGAUGAACGAGGCGGCGACGACGAUUCAGAGCGCGUGGCGGGGAUGGCGUCAACGGGCGGCGUACGUCGCGUUCAAAGAGAUGGUCGUUCACAUCCAGGCGAUGGCGCGCGGCGCGACGACGCGGAGGAUGUUUCUCAGGUACCUUUCCAUGUGGCGCGGGGCGACGAGGAUCCAGGCUGCGUUUCGCGGGUACCUCGAGAGGAGGGACCGCGCCGCUCUCGUAGCCGCGGCUGUUUGCGCGCAAAAGACGAGGAAGCGCGCCGUCGCCAGGCGCGCGUUUUUGGAGCGGAAAAAGUCCGCGGUGGCGAUCCAGGCGGCCGCGAGGGGUUGGAUCGCGCGGGAGAGGUACAACGACGUGCGGUUCACGGCUGUUUUGCUGCAGGCGCGCGUCAGGGGCGUCGCGAAGCGUCGAGAGUUUCUCGAGCUUCGCGGCGCAGCGAUCGCGGCGCAGAGACGGUUCCGAGCGGCGCGACUCGCGAAUGCUCGCGAACGCGCGGCGAUUAAGAUCCAGGCCGCCUUCCGCGGCUGGAGCGCCAACCAGUCGUACGUGGACUUACGGUUCACGUCCAUCGUCCUGCAGGCGCGGGCGAGGGGCGCGAGGGACCGUACACGAUUCCAGGCGUUGAAGCGCUCGGUCGCGGUGGCGCAAAAACACCGCAGGCGACUCGUCGCGGCGCGAGAAGACGAGCGAACGCGGCGCGAGGCGAGGGAGAGCGCCGCGAGGGAGGCGGCCGCGAGGGAGGCGGCCGCGGCGACGGCUAUCCAGGCGGCGUGGCGCGGCGCGGCGGCGCGGCGCUCGUAUAAGAGACUGACGUCGCGGCUGCGGCGGAGGCGGGACGUCGCGGCGACGCUCAUCCAGACCAACUUUCGGUGCUGGGCAGCCCGGUGCGACUUCCUCGCGCUGCGUUGGGCUUCAUCUGUCGUCCGUCACGCGUGGCGCGCCAAGAAGACGCGCGACGCCUUUGUCUCCCUUCGCGCCGCGGCGGUCCGGUGCCAGGCGUUUGCCAGGGGCGCAAAGGCUCGACGCGCGUUUUUACACCAAAAGCGUCUCGGCGCCGCUACCGUCGUCCAGGCGUGCUUCCGGGGAUGGUCCACGAGGAGACGGGCGAAGGCGACGCUCGGCCCGAGGGUCGCCGAGCUCGCGGCGCUCAUCAAAAGGUCCAGAGCGCGAGCCGCCGCGGAUCCGUCUCGCGCCUUGGGCGCCAGAGCCGCUCGAGCCGUCGCGACGCUGCACGCGCCGAGGCGGCUCCGCGAGGUUCGCGACGCCCUACGCGACCUGGCGGUGGCGACGCGUUGGAGUGGAGCGUGCCGUCGGAACCUGGCGGGAGAUGACAAGGCACUCGCGGCGCUGCUCCGCACGGUGCGCAGGUGCGACCGGUCGAGCUCGCACGAGCCCGUGCUCGCCGCCGCGUACGCGCUGUUUGAAAACCUCAGCGCGGACGCGACGUGCGCGAGGGCGCUGUUCGAGUGCCGCGACUCCGUGAACGUCAUCGCCGAGCACAUGCAGAUGUGCAGGGAUCGACCGGAGCUCGUCGCGGCGGCGGUGAGGACGGUGGUGAACCUCUGCGGGGACGAGCGGAGAGCGGCGGAGGUGGCGGCUAUGGGUAAGAUCCUCGGCAGAAUCAGGAGCAUCGCGGAGAUCAUGCAGAACAACGUGGACGUCCACCGGCACAGGCGGGUCGCCUACGUCGAGCAGCGCAGGCCGGACAAGGCGGCCGAGGAGGCGACCGCCGCGGCCAAGCUCGAGCUCUCCAUCGCGAGCAUGAAGAAUCUCAUCUCGCACCUCGAGCCGCACGUGCACAAGAACGCGCGACAGGCUGCAGGCAGCGGCUCGAAGAAACCGCCGAGGUCCGCCCUGCUCUACCCGAGAUCUCGGUCCAGGCUCGGGCGCGUGGGGUCGCCCGCCGUGUCCACAGCUGUCGGGUCCCCCGCGGGUAAAGGGGGGGCGUUUUGCGAUAAGGAAAACGCAGCCGCCGCCGCCGCCGCCGCCGGGAAGGGGUACAACGCGGAGAGGGAACGACGCGGCGCGCUGGAGAGGGAGCGCAUUCACGGGGGGGUGCUGGCGGCCAUCUGA